GAAUAUCCAAUGUUCGGGGUUUACAUAACCGAGCGCACGGAAAACGGAAGCCAUUCCGGGAUACGCUGAGAAGAGGAGGCGUUUGGUGUUCAUUGGGGAAGAAAAUUCCUUUGUUGUCGCGUUAUAAUUUGUUUACGGCGCCUGUAAUCAACAUUCUCCUUAUGAGACCUGUCGUUUUUGCAUAGUAAGUUCGGAUCUUAGGCAUCUCAGUGUGUGUUAGGUAUCAAGAUCAGGUAUCGGCGUCAUCAGUGGACUUUUAUACAAUAACAUGGUGCAGUUAACACCUUUUCUGCUUCUACAUUUUAUUGUCCUUCGCUGAUGGACCGUUCGCUGCUUGGUCGUCUUUAUUCUCAUCGACUUCUUAUCUUUCGUCGUACGUUUUAACUGAGGGUGAAGAAGGAAGAAAUUUCUCAAGUAUCUAAAGUUGAAGAUCCCUCGAGUAACAGUCGAAAAUGAGCGUCAUAAUCAGGCUACAGAACUUGGCAUGGUCCGCCAACGCUCUGGACAUUCGCCAAUUUUUCAGAGGCCUGAGCAUACCGGAAGGAGGAGUACACAUCGUCGGCGGCGAGCUGGGGGAUGCGUUCAUAGCGUUCAGCACCGACGAGGAUGCUCGACAGGCGAUGAUGCACGACGGCGGCAAGAUCAAGGAGAUGAAGAUCAAGCUUCUGCUGAGCUCCAGGACGGAGAUGCAGAAGGUGAUCGAGGCCGCCAGGCAACAGACGCUCAGUCUCCAGUCGUUCAUGCAGACGGCGCCAGUAGCCGUUCCCGCGGUGGUCCAGAAGCCAGGCUCGCCCGUCGACAGAAGGGACAAAGAGAAGGAUAACGACAGCGAGUCCAGCAAGGACCGCAAGGACAGGCGCGACAGGUCGCGAUCUAGGGACAGAUCGCGGUCCCGUGAUCGAGAUAGGGAUAGGGACAGGCGCGAUCGGGACAGGGGACGUGAUCGUAGGCGCAGGGACAGGAGUAGAUCGCGGGACAGAGAGCGCGACAGGAGGGACAGACGUCGUCGUCGCGACAGAUCCAGGUCCAGGGAUCGCACGCGGUCCAGGGACAGGGACAACAAGCGCAGCUCGACGGGCGAUCGUCGCAAAGACGCCACCGACGACGACAACAACGACGUCGUCUGCGUUGGUCAGUUCCAUAAAGACAAGCCGGUGGCCGCCGCGAAGAAGCCACUGGAGAACGGCAUUUGGGAGGUUCCUCCGCAGACCCAAAUGCAAGCGGCCAUGUUGGCUCCGGGUAUUCUGGGGGCCGGAAUCGCCGCGCUCGCUCAGGACGGAGAGUCCAGACCAAUGACCUUCAGCAGCUCCGUGAUCGGGCAGCAGUCGAUGCUCCAGCAGAACCAGUUCUCCGUGAACGGGAUUAAUGGCGUCGGUGGGCUGAUGCAGUCCCACGUGCAGACGCUCAGUCACACCGUGGGCAUGAACACGAUCUCCCAAAACAUAGGUACAGCGAAUAUCCCUAGUCUAACUACGGGAGUCGCUGCGUUGACUCGGCCGAAGGAGUCGUGGAGUCAGAACGACACCACCAGGGUGGACCAGGUGAGGUUCCCGGGGAGAACUGGACAAUUCGGAACGGACAUGUACGGCACGAACGGGUCGAUGAACUACAGGCCCACGAUCAGACCCAGUAAUCCGUUCAUGAACAAGGUGCAGGAGCUGGAGGGCCGUCGGAAUCCCCACGCCUUCCAGGCGAACAGCUCCCAGUACGGUUUCGACGGAGACAGGACGACGAAUCGCGGCACGACCAACAGCACGUCGAGAUUUUCCGACAACAAGAGCGCCAACAGCGUGGGCCACUGCGUGGAGGUGCGCAACAUGCCUCUGAGCGCCACGUACAACGACGUGCGUCACGCCUUCCAGGGUAUCUACAUCAGAAAGGACGGAUUGAAGCUGAUCAACGACAACCACGGGAACCGAGUCGGGAUCGCUUACGUAAAGUUCAGCAAGGCCGAGGGCAAGGAGCUCGCGCUGAGCACGGUGAGAUACGUCAGAGGAUCCGAGGUAGAGGUCCUCCACCUGGACGAAAGCAUCUUCGACAAAGCGGUGGACUCGUACUCGCCGGAGAAGGAGAGAGACCGCGGCGACGACGCCGAGGACGUCAGAUCCUCCGCGUGCAUCCUGCUGACAGACUUGCCGAGCUUUACCAAAGAAAUGGACAUCGCGAAGCUCUUCCACGACUGGAAGAUCAACGAUCUGUUCAUCACCAGCGUCAAAGAGCCAGGUAACGUGCAAUGCGUAGCCUACGUGCAAUUCGCCAGGAUAGAGGACGCGAAGGCGUCCGUGAACACGCCGCUGAAGAUAGGGAACAAGCCCGUGACCGCGACGGCCAUCACCGAGGACAAGUUCGCGCAAGCGAAGCGCGACCACGAGCAGAACAGCAUCAAUCAAACCACCACGUCCGAUUGCGUCAUCAUGCGAGGCCUGCCGUUCCAGACGAUCGAUCGCGACAUAUUGGACUUCUUCUCCGACAUAGGAAUCGUUCCGCAUCGGAUACACAUGCUGCUCAACCAGAGCGGGAAACCAGCUGGCGAGUGCUUCUGCGAGUUCGACACGACGGACGAGGCCCUCAGGGCCACCGCGAAGAACGGACUGCCGUUCGGCAAGAACGUGCCGACCAUAGAAUUAGUACCGCGCGCGAAGAUGUUGGAAACGCUGGGUAUGGUCGAUCCCCAGGUCAUGGAGACGCAGCAGCAACACUUCCCGCCGCUCCAGGAGCAACGACCGCGGUUCUCGGGGCCUAUGAAUCACGUGCCACGAUUUGGGAACACGGGCUUCGCGCCCAGGUGUCCACCAGGCCUGAUGGGCAUACCGAGACACCUGCUGGGACGACAUCCAGGCUCCAUGGACUACGUGGAAGGCUUCGGCAAGCCUGGCUGCGUCCUCUCCCUCGAGAACGUGCCGUUCAAAGCUGACAUCAACGAGAUCAUCGAGUUCUUCGGUGAUUUCGACGUGAAAAGGGAGAACGUCAUACGACGUUACAACGAGAGGGGAAUGCCAACCGGUGAUGCCAGGGUAGCGUUCGCGUCGCCCAGCGAGGCUCAGAGGGCGCUCAGGGAACUGAAGCAUUGCAAGAUGAGGGAUCGCACCAUAUACAUGAAGCUCGCGUGAACGACGUCCCCGUCGACGAGCACGCAACUUGUUGAGGAAGACCGGGCCAGCCCUGAGUCGUGCUCCAUGUGGCUGAGUAGGUAACAGACGCGUUGGAAGGAUUAGAACAGCCUACGUGUUGGACGAACAGAGGAUAGUACGACAGUACAAUUGGUACGACGUAUUCGUAUGCGACGUAUUCGCUCUUAGAGGAGUCUUUCUGGACUGGGUGUAUCAUAAUAUCGAACCAGACACGCUCGUCGAGGAGCUAAGCGUGCAGCGCGUGGCCCACGUCCAAUUCGUUGGAAUAGAGGACGCAGAGGCGUCCGUGACCUCGACUCUGAAGACGGGCAAUCGCGAUGGCGAUCAUCGAGGACAAGCUUGCGCAAGCUGGUAAAUCAAGCGCGAUCUAUCGUGCGAAACUAUAGGUCGCGCGUUUAGACUUCUGAAAGCCCAGGGACGCUCAGCAAAGAUGCCCGACAUUCUUAUCUGGAUAGAAAUAUCUGGCUGACGAAGGAUGGGAAAGACUGAUAGAGGAUAAACAGGUUCUGAUCUCUUAUUCGAUCGAUGAGAACGACACGAAUUGUAACAUGAAAUUAUGUUUAACGAAUGGAAAUUCGUACGAACUGCUAAAUCAAUAGUAGCUGUGUUUCUAUUCAUCCGUUAUUCGAAUGAAAUGUUGUUUAUCUCCGAUGACGAGGGAUUCGAAGCAUCGUAAGGUUAAGGAUCGCACCGUGUACAUACAUUAUUCCAGGAAAUAUUUGUGGUGUUUGUUCGGAGAAAUCGGCGUUGACUCGAAGCUUGGUAAACAUUAUCGAGCGACAGUGACGUAAUCUUGUUAUUAAGUUGUUUUUCUUUCUAACAGAGACACCCCAGCGCUCAAAAUUCCUUUACACCGUAUUUCCUUUUCUUACUAAAAAGAUGUACAAAUUAUCGUAUUCCUCGUACACGCUUCGGCGACUGUCCAUUUUUGAUAUAUUUUUUUUUUUUUUUUUUUUAAAUUUAAAUUAGGGACACAUUUGCGUUUUAUUCCAUCGAUCAUGAACUACGUUGUAAUAUUACCAUGUUCAUUAACCGUACGUUAAGAUUUGUACAUAUAAUGUAAAUCAUCCCGAUCUUCGAACCUGAAUCGCGUUAUUUUCUACCGAAAAUUGUUCGUUCGAACGUUGCAUAGAAGUUGUAAUAAAACCAAGUAUCGUAAGCGGCGUCUUCGAUAGCGUCUUCGUUUCAAAAGCAAUAUUUUUAUCCGUUAAAUAAUUUCCGCGGUAAACAUCGCACUUGCGUCGCGUCGGUGCACGGCUAAUGGCUCGUUUUAAUUUGAAAUUUGAAAAGAAACAAACAUUGUCAUUGCUUGCGCACCAACCGAAUACCGAAAUGACGCGUACGCGAUUCAAUCAUAUCAUGGGAAUGUUUAACGUCGACGCAGCCGGAACGUUUCGUAAGAUCGAUAAUCAACGCGUAAAUGUUAACGAAGACAGGUGUAUGCGAAAAAGUACAAAGUUCGAGGCUCGACGAGCACUUUGCUCCGCGCUCGACUUGCGAUCGUUCUAACGCUCCACGUCGAACGUACGUAGUCGAACUUGGUAGAAAUUAGGGGAACAAUCGACGCAUCGUAUUUUUUCUACCGAUUAUGUAUGUACAUUACAUAUGCCACACGUUGCGUCGGUUUGUAUAUAGAACAAAAAUAUAUAUAUAUGUAUGAAGAGAAAGAAAGGAUGAAUUAUAAAUAUAGGUAAUAAAUAAACACGUUAGGCUCCGCAUAAGUGUAAAAUAAUAUUUAUACGACGAACGAAUCGACGAAAUCUAGGUGUACUUAAUCGUUCAUUUUACCCUAUGUUUCUCUUCGAUAUAAGCACUUGGAAACUUCAAUAAAUUUGUAUUUACAUC